CAAUGCCUGGAGAGACCCCUGCACGUCCAGGGUGCCCAUCGGGGGCGCCCCCGACAGCGCGUCGGCUGGCGUCUGGAGCCGUUUUGCCCGAGGGGGGCCCGGCGGCGAGGGAAGCGGAUCUCCCUCUCGGGCAGCCAGCGCGGAGUGCCCCUCCGGCGGGAAGUUCUCUUGCGCCAGCCCUGCGCCUGCCGCCCCCCUGGGUCUUGCGCAGGAGAACGUCUCCCCGGCACGAGUCCCCCGCUUGGCGUUGGAGAGCUGGUCGGCUUGGCGUUGAAUGAAAAAGGCAAACGUUGACCACACUAAGAAAAAGUUUCAAGGCUCAGAUAGUUCCCGGUUACCAUGGAAAUCAUGUGGGUGACCCGACUCCUCGUGUUCGGCGUUUUGGCCUCCGCGGUGCCAUCGGAAGACAAGAAGGCCAGUGGUAAGGCUGCGACUCCGGAAGGCAAGAAGCUGAGCGAUAAGGCGACCGCCUUGGCCGACCGCAGUGCCACCCUGGCCUUCAACCUCUACCACGUGAUGGCCAAGGACAAGAACAUGGAGAACAUCUUGGUCUCGCCGGUGGUGGUGGCGUCUUCCCUUGGGCUGGUCUCCCUGGGCGGCAAGGCCUCCACCGCUUCCCAAGCCAAAGCCCUGCUCAGCGCCGACAAACUGAACGACGACUACGUGCACAGCGGCCUGUCGGAGCUGCUGAGCGAGGUGAGCAACGCCAGCCGCCGCAACGUCACCUGGAAAAUCGGCAGCCGCCUGUACGGACCCAGCUCCGUCAGCUUCGCCGACGACUUUGUCAAGAGCAGCAAGAAGCAUUACAACUACGAGCACUCCAAGAUCAACUUCCGGGACAAGCGGAGCGCGCUGAAGUCCAUCAACGAGUGGGUGGCCCAGACCACCGACGGGAAACUGCCCGAGCUCACCAAAGAUGUGGAGAAGACAGACGGGGCCUUGAUUGUCAACGCCAUGUUCUUCAAACCUCACUGGGACGAAAGGUUUCAUCACAAAAUGGUGGACAACCGUGGCUUUAUGGUCACCCGCUCCUUCACAGUGGCCGUUCCCAUGAUGCACCGCACAGGCUUCUACAACCACUUUAGCGACGAAGCGGAGAAGCUGCAGAUCGUGGAGAUGCCGCUGGCGCACAAGCUCUCCAGCAUGAUCUUCAUCAUGCCGAACCACGUGGAGCCGCUGGAGCGGCUGGAGAAGCUGCUGACCCAGGAGCAGCUGAAGGCCUGGCUGGGCCAGCUGAAGAAGCGGGCGGUGGCCAUCUCCCUGCCCAAGGUCAGCCUGGAAGUCAGCCACGACCUCCAUAAACACUUGGCUGAUCUCGGCUUAACGGAGGCCGUUGAUAAAAACAAGGCUGACCUGUCCAAAAUCUCAGGCAAGAAGGAUCUCUACCUCUCCAACGUCUUCCAUGCCGUAGCCUUUGAGUGGGACACGGAGGGGAACCCCUUUGAUGCGGACAUCUACGGCCGGGAAGAAAUGAAGACCCCCAAGCUCUUCUAUGCGGACCACCCGUUCAUCUUCCUCAUCAAGGACAAUAAGACCAAUUCCAUCCUCUUCAUUGGCAGACUAGUGCGGCCCAAAGGCGACAAAAUGCGGGAUGAGUUGUAGCGUGUGUGUGAGCACAUCGUGCACGUGUGUGUGUGGUUGGGUUGUUGUUUUUUUUAAAAUGAGGGAUAUGAUGCUAUGUAUCCUUGAUGAAUUAACUGGUGCUAUGUAGGCCUGUGGAGAGCAAGAACUUGUACACGUGCCUUUUGUGGUCUGAAACUAUCUAGAAGUCAUAAAUGGGGGGGGGGGGGAGACACACAUCAAUGAGUCAUUGCCAUAAGCCAGUGGACCUUAAAGUGGGGUCCGCUAGAGGUUGGUGUACUACCACUCCCAGCAUCCCCAGCCACAAUUUGAGAUGGGGGAUGCUGGGAGUUGUAGUUCAGCAACCUCUGGCAAACCUCACUUUGAAAAGCACUGCCAUAAACACUCCCCUCAUAGACCACUAAGGGGCAGUUUCUGUCUUUUCACACACCACCUUCCUGGCUUCUGUCUCCAGAUUCUGCACACAGCACAGAGAGCGCCCGUGCUGCCUUACACCUUGCUAGUGUCAUAAAGAGUGCGGUUGUUGCCUUGACAGGGAAAGCACCACCAGGUGAUAGAUCAUUUUUCUGCUCUUCUAAAUGUGAAAUAGAGAUAUGGCCGCAAAAUACGGUUCAUUCUUUGACAGAUGGCAUUCUAAGGUGGCCACUCACUGUCUCACAGCAGAAAGGUAAAGUGUGCCAUCAAGUCAAUAUUGACCCCUGGCACCCAUAAGCCCCUUUGGUUUUCUUUGGUAGAAUACAGGAGGGGUUUACUGUUGCCUCCUCCCACAUAGUGUGAGACAGUGCCUUUCAGCUUCUUCCUAUAUCGCUGCUGCCCGAUAUAGUACCAGUGGGGAUUUGAACUGGCAACCUUCUGCUUGUUAGUCACGCAUUUCCCUGCUGCGCCACUUAAGGUGCAUAUAAAUGCUUCCUGUAAGUGAAGAUUAUACCAGGAUUUCUCACCUUGUGGUGAUUGUUCCCUGUAGGGAAAAUGCAUUUUGCGUUCUUAGUUCAGAAUAAAGGAGAUGUAUGUGCAUGUGUGCGCAUACCUGUGCCGUAAAUAUGCUUCAAGCACAAAGACACACCACAUUCGAUGACAUGGGCACUACAGCAAAGGCUCUUUGUGCCAUUAUGCGGGGUGGGGGGGGAGAGGAGAGGGCACUGAGGACGUGGUGGGAUCGUGAAUGUCUUGCAUCAUAGGGGUGCAAGUGUCAAACUCUUUAUCUUUUCUGUUUGAGUUCUUGUACUAUGCAAAACUUUGACAGUUUUAAUUUUUGCAAUAAAAUUUUUUUCAGUGAA